AAAAUAUUAUUUUUUCAUCCAGCAAUACAAAAAGAACUAUACUAUUCAUCAUCUUCCUCGAGAGCAGAGCACCGCUUAGCUCGAUUUUCAUAGCCUAAUUUGACUGAAAGUUUUAGUAUUUUUCACCCCCUCAUCGGAUGGAGGUUUCUUCUUUCUCCACUGUACCCAGAUUUUGCUACUCAUCCUCUGUUCCAGAAUCGUGUCGAUUUAGAGGAUUCAAAGUUCAAUUAUGCGACCAAUCUCUUGUUCCCGUUCGAUUGAGCAUACGAAUAAGAAGAACACCUCGUACUGUGGUUUCGUGUAGUCAGAAGAGAGAUGUCACUGUCGUUGAUGGAAGCUGUAUGGAUGAGAUAUAUGAUAAGUUGGCGGAACGUCUUGUUCCUACAUCAGCUGCAAUGUUUAGCCCCAAUGUUAAACGUUUGGUGGGUCUGGCUGGUCCUCCUGGUGCGGGUAAAAGCACGUUAGCAUAUGAAGUUGUGAGUCGUAUAAAUAGGUUAUGGCCUCAGAAAGCUGCUUCUUUUGAUGAUGAGGUUAUGCCGCCUGAUGUCGCUACAGUGCUUCCUAUGGAUGGGUUCCACUUGUAUCGUUCCCAGCUUGAUGCCAUGGAGGAUCCCAAAGAAGCUCAUGCGAGAAGAGGAGCUCCUUGGACUUUUAAUCCUGCACUAUUGCUCAACUGUUUAAAGAAGCUGAGAAACGAGGGCUCAGUGUAUGUGCCAUCAUUCGAUCAUGGAGUCGGAGAUCCAGUUGAAGACGAUAUCUUUGUUAGCCUCCAGCAUAAAGUGGUGAUUGUUGAGGGAAACUAUCUGCUGUUAGAAGAAGGAACUUGGAAAGACAUCUCUGAUAUGUUUGAUGAGAAGUGUGUAUUAUCCAUCUUCAUUUCAAGGUUCAUUGAUGUCAAUCUCGACACAGCGAUGGAACGUGUUGAAGCCAGACAUAUCUCAACCGGUUUUGUUUUAUUCGUUACAGGUAAACCACCGGACGUUGCUAAAUGGCGGAUUGAUUAUAACGACAGGCCCAACGCAGAGCUGAUAGUGAAGUCAAAGACAAACGCUGAUGUACUGAUCAGAUCCAUCAGUUUUUGAAUCUGCCUUCUUGGCUAUUGCAUGAAACAAGUAACAGACAAAUUUGUCUUUGUGAUCGACAAUCUCUUCUUUUUGUGUUUCAAUAAGCAUUUUCGCAUGCACUAAGCUGUGACAUUCUCUCAUUACUAUGUUCUCUAUGAUGGUAAUAGAUAAUGUGAAUAUA